AUGACUAGUAAAAUUGUUAAUUUACAAAGUAAUAGGUACAAGCCUAUUGAAAUAAUAGGCCAAGGUUCAUAUGGUAUAGUGAUGAAAUGUAAAGAUCGACUAACAAAUGAAAUUGUUGCAAUAAAGAAAAUAACAGAUUCCUAUUUUUAUAUGCCAAAUGUAUUGCGUGAAUUUAUGAUACUUAAAAUACUUAAUAAACACAUAAAUGUAAUUAGACUUUUAAAUAUUUUCCGUAUUAAAAGUUUUCUGUAUAUUGUUUUUCCAUACAUGGAUUAUAAUAUAUGUCAAUACAUUGAUGAAUACUAUCCAAAUGGCCUGGGAUAUGAUUUAACAAAAAAAAUUAUGAUACAAAUAAUCAAUGGUAUUGAUUACAUGCACAGAAAUUAUGUAGUGCACAGAGAUAUUAAACCAGAAAAUAUACUGAUAACAAGAAAUGGUUUAAUAAAGAUUUGUGAUUUGGGUGUUUCAAAAAUGUUAUGCGCACAGUCAUUUAAAGCAGAAUCAAUUAUGACACCAGACAUGGGUACUAUUUGGUAUCAAUCACCAGAAAUGUUACUGGGAACACAAAAAUAUGGUCCUGAAAUUGAUGUUUGGUCUUUGGGUAUAGUAUUUAUAGAAUGCAUGAGUGGCCAACCAAUAAUCACAAAAGAAACAUCUAUAGAACAAUAUCAAUCAAUUGUUAAAUAUUUUGGGAUACCAAUUACAGAUCAAAAAUAUUUAAAUAGGAAAAUAAAGAAAAUUAAUAAAGUUGUUUCAAUUAAGUAUUUCAACAAUAGUACAUUUAAAAAUGUUAGUAUGGCAUUAAAUAACUACUUUCCUGAAUGGCCAAUUGAUUUAAUAGAAAUAGUAUCAAAAUGUUUGGAAUUCAUACCAUCAAAACGGAAAACUACAAAAUCCUUAUUAAAAACAUCUUAUUUUGUAAAUCGAAAAUGUUUAAAAGUUUUUAGAGAUAAUUUAAACAAUAUAUUAUAA